CAUUACACAUUGUUAUUUGUUGCCUGUUCUGAGGUGCUUAGCUGACGUGUGCCUUUACCGGUGCUUUAACAAAUUAUUCACUUUUCGUAAUUCUCGUAACAAGUCACAUUAACUCUCGUUGUGUGGUAUGUUUUUUUUAUUUGUCUUUUUUAGUGGUCAAGCAAACAUCAUAGAACUGCUGCUGAAUUUGGGCGUGGAAAUUAAUGCAACCAAUAAGAAAAAGGUUACAGCACUGCAGGUUGCAGUGAAUAAGCAGUAUGUCAGCUGCGUGCGCAUUCUGAUCAACAAGUUUCCAGAACGCCUUGAUGUUAACACUCAGGACAGUGUAGGUGAUACGCCCCUGCAUUAUGCUAUCAAACAUAAAAGCCUGGAAAUUACUGACAUGCUCAUGAACUUCCCCACUGUGGAUUUUACCUUGUGUAAUGAGAGUGGAUACAACAUCCUUCAUCAAGCAGCUGCUGUUGGAAACAACUUUGCCACGGAGAGGAUCCUUUCCAAAAAAACAGACCUUGUGGACAUGAAGGACAAAGACGGCUGCACUGCCCUACAUUUGGCAGCUGUUGCAAAUAACUAUAGUGUUGCGAAGACUUUGGUGGCCCAGGGAAAGUGCACCGUUGACCUCAAGAACACGCAACGACAGACGGCCCUCUUCAUGGCCGUAGUCGCAGGCAACUGUGAGUUGGUUGAGCUGUUGCUUGGAGUGGGUGCAGACAUCAAUGCAACAGACAAGGACGGCGACACGCCCAUGCACAUGAGCCUGGCGAUGCGAUCUGACUUACUGGUGCAGUCUCUAAGCCCAUUGCAAGCUCCGGCCAUAACUGCAAUUGUAAGAAAGCUCUUGGAGAACCCUCAACCGGAAGUUGACAGCACUUGGGCAUUGGCGUGUUUCUUGGCCGCCGAAGGAGCAGACCUUCACCGAAAGAAUAAGGAUGGAAAAACACCUCUUGAGAUGGCUGGCAGCGCUGCUGCGGUCGAACUUCUUUUGACCUGGCGAACACAAAAGGGGGAUGCAGCAACUGCAGUUGCUUCCACGACAUCAGCCGUGGAUGCUGAGAAUGCUGUGUCGAACCGACGCAUUUGCAAGAUCUGCCUUGAAGCUGAUGCCGAAGUGUGGUUCGAGCCCUGUGGCCAUCAUCUGUACUGCUCGGAGUGCUGUCGGCGCAUGAAGCGCUGCCUUGAGUGCAGUGUACCAAUCACGGGGAGGGUUUCAGUCUCUGAAAGAUUGGGCAGCAGCACUGAAGCAGGCCGUCAAGCUCAGAGGGAGCUUGAAGCAAGGUUGCAGCAGCUCGAGGAAGUCCACAGCUGUGGCAUCUGCAUGGAGCGGCAGCGAAAUGUCGUCUUCCUUUGUGGCCAUGGUGCCUGCGACUUGUGCGCCGCAGAUCUUCAAAAUUGCCACAUGUGCCGCGAGACCCUUACAAAAAAGAUAAAAGUUUAUUAAAAAAAACUUAUCGGCAAGAUAUGCUCCAGUUUCAUGCAUCCUAAGUCAUGGAACCUAUAACGCAUGAAAGAAGCUUAGGAUAAAAACUAAAGGAAAGGCACAAACUCAUUGGCUGGAAUAUCUGGCAUGGUCCGAAUACAUCCACUUUCUCUGUUAGGCAGGCAUACUUAUAUUUGCUAAUUUUGGGACAUUAUCUCCUCUUUUUUUUAUGCCAUUUGUCGUAUGUAAACAGCUGCUUUUUAUUAUAUCGUGCCUUUCUGGCAACUCGAUUCCUGGGUUGGUUGUCGCGUACUCUUUGAUGAGGUCCAAUGCGUGCAACAGUAGAUGUGGAAGUAUUUCAGGGUACUUCUCGGCAGUCCUGAUUUGCCAAAAAUUUCACACUCUCUGAAUCUAUAAAAUGCUUCAUGUGGGACAACAGAAUCGAAUUUUAUUUGCAGGCACUAAUAAUAACGUUUUUUUGUGUGACAUCCAUAUAGAUAGCAUUUUCCAAUAUUUUAUUUUGUGUGCGACAUUGUGGGAAACUUAGAACACAACCUGAUCACCUUAAAAGUACCACAUUCGUGCUGUCAUUUCGUGUCAUUUCGACACUGUACCUUGCAUCAGCUUUAUUAUUUUUUGUGCAUGUACUGUGCGUGUCUUGAGCAGAGGGAAAUAACUGGAAUAUGAUUUUCUCUUCCUCAGCACAUGUUAACUGUACAUGUUCAUGUCUAGAACAUGUAAGUACAUGUCCAGAACAGGUUAACCGCUGUAGGAAAAUACAGUGUAGACCGCUUAAAACGUAAGUCGCCGGAGUCGCGAAUAUCCCCACUAUAAGGGGUACCGCACUAUAACCAAAGCAACAAUUUUCAAGGCCCGCACAUAUGCAAAACAUGUGCACCGAGCCGCCAUGCGUAUGCGACAGUCGAGGAAUGCGGCUAGAAAGUUUGCAUUCACAGUCGAAUCUUGUUAAUUCGAACUAAAUAACGCGGCGGCGCCUCCGACCGGCAUUGCUCCGGCACCGCCAUAGAGUAAAAGCUUAGGAGAGACCCCUCAAUGUCGCGCGUGAACAAAAAAAAAAAAAAAAAGAAAAAAGAAAGAAAGAAAGAAAAAACGCGGUGGAAAUUUCACCCUCUCUCACAUGGCAAGGUCGCCGAUUAUGGGUUGCGCCGGAACUUGCGUGUACGUGCCGACGUCUCAGCCACGCUACCGUAGCCACGCGUAGAAAAUCGCAGUGAACCCUCCUUUCUCCUUAAUGUUUCCUCUACUUUCUAGUCACUUGUUUACCUUGCACGCUGCGGCUACUGCGCAGAGGGAAGCAGCGGCGCGGUCCCAGGCCGGCCAACGAAGCUGCCCACGCCGGCAAACGCCCGCUUCCCGAUAACGGCAGAAAAUGAAACUUCGAGGAGCUGGCGCCGGGCCGGCUGGAGUGGCGGCGCGUGCACGGCGGCGGGCGCGCACGGUGACACUCGAAAGUGAGGGAGCUACGAAGGAGGACGAGGGGAGCCACCGAAGCGGCGGAGUUGCCGAUGCGAAGUCCGCUUCCCUGCCGCCCUCCUCCCUCACAUUCCACGGUCUCCGCGUGCGCCCUUCGCCGUGCUGUGCCGGCGCCGCCCGCUCCCUGAAGUUUCGUUGGCCGGCGUUGGCAGUUUCGUGGCCCUCGCUCACUAUGCGCGCCGUGAUACUUCACGACUCGCACUCAAGAUUCUGGUUUCAGCCUCACUGGCUGUUCGUUCGCACCACGUGCCCUUCUCCACCACUUCGUCUCUUUCUUCCUCGAGCACUCCUUGGGGCGCCCAUUUGAGGGGAGCGUUCGCCGUCACCGCUGACUUCCGUACUCCCAGGCAGCCGCACUGUAACCGGUAUUUCGUUUCCCGCAACUGCACUAUAAGCGAUACGUGUAUACAUGGAGUGCUAUGGGAAAAUUAACGGCAGUCUGAAAAGACCGCGCUAUAUCCGGUCCUGCACUAUAAGCGGUUACGUUAUAAGUGGUCCAUGCUGUAUAAGACUGUAGUUUUAAUAAUAAGUUUGUAAGGCUCAGCAAAAACUAGAGUUUCUACAUUGUCUUCCAUCCAUAUUUCUGUAAAUGGCACGGUGCCGGCACUCAUUUUUGGUGUUGUUGGCUUAAUGCUUCUUUUGUAUUUCUGCUGACUGCAGAAGGUUCACUGCAUAUUUAACAAUGUAUUUUUGCUGUCAUGUUCUUCCGGCCAAAAAGUGUGCUCAUUUUGUACAUUAGUGCAUGCUUGUUUCUGGAAACAGUGACUGACUCAUGAAUAAUAAAUCUUUAUUUUUGAUGUA